CAUCACUGUAGUCAGUGCGUGCAUUAGGGUCCGAUGUGAAGCAGCCGCUGACAUAACAGUGAAUGGAUUAGGUUCCCAGCCACGUAAGUAGCAACUAAAAAUAGCUGCACCGGAGGGAAUGAUGUCCUACUGAAGGGAAAGGGUAGGCCUGGGGAACCCGGCCGUCCCUUAUUCGCACCUGUGUACAAUUUGAGUUCCACGUAAUAUUUUGCGGAGCUAGAAAUCUUCGGCAAAAAGAAUCACUGUUGAUAUGCAUGGUUUUGUGCCCUCUGUUUAGGGACUAGGCAUACAUGUAACGUUAGCUAGCGACGCUAUUCAUAUCGACAUAACUGGUGGGAGGCCUGUCAGCGCUACAAAUAUCGGCCCUUUACCUCAGCGUAAACACCAUUAAUUAGUUAGCUUAACAACUAAUCAAGUGCGGACCGUGUUUGCAAGUUUUCGUCAUUGUAAAUUGCUAGAUGGCUGCUGGUUUAUCGAUAGCAAUAGCUCCCUCUUGCAAACGCACAGGCUGCUCAGCAACGGGGAGAAGCUUGCAGGCUGAAUCAAUGAGCUAGCUACAUUUAGCUAAUAUCGCGUUAUAGCGGUCUAGGUUGUAUGCAAGGCAGCUAAUGCAAGCAAUCUAAAUAGUCGCAAGAUUGCAUAUCACACUCUUGCAGCCAGGAUUCUUGUUACUUCUUUAGCUGGUUGGUGUCAAGUUGGCAGUAUCUCCACUUGCCAAAAUACUGAUUGUCCAGAGAAGCCAUGAUCUGUAACGGGAAUCUUACAGUAGAUGCCGUUAUUUGCGACACAAAAGGUUAGCCAGCGAUUGCUGUCCACUCAACGAAAGCUGUAAUUCUAUUUUAUAGCAGUUUGAGUACUUCAAGCCUGACCCGCUGUUUUUAAUAGCCAAUUUAGCUUAAUGUUGUAGAAUUGCGUUUUAGCGUAUUUUUUAAAAACUGGCGACUUUUAUUAUUGCUAACAUUCGACUUGACUGUUGCAGGACAUACAGUUGGCAAUCUAGUCGGUUUAGGUUAAAUUUACUAACUGGCACACCUAACUUGAUGCUCAGCGAAGGGGAUCCAGACAGCGACCACACUGUUCCGAUUCACUUUGUUAAAAUUAGCGUACGGCUAGUGUGGAGUCCUUUCAGUCGAAGACCAGUUUCUCUGAAAGAAGCAAGUUUACCUCGGAAUACUCAUGAACAUACAGAGGUCAAAUCCUAUUUACAUAUCGCGUUAUGGCAGAUCACGACAUAAGACCCACGACCACGAAGAACUGACUUUUUUGAGAACCGUCGAACCAACUCAAAGCUUCAGUCCUAAUUUAGGAUCUCCAAGUCCCCCAGAGGCGACCAAUUUUCCGCACAGCAUCUCUCGCAUUGGGAAGUACCUAUUGUUGGAGCUUAUCGAGGGAGACCACGUUUUCAGGGCCGCUCACCUGCACAGCGGAGAAGAGCUCGUGUGUAAGGUGUUUGACAUCACUCGGUAUCAGGAAUCAUUGGCUGCAUACUUUUGCCUGUCUGCGCACGAAAAUAUAAACCAAAUAGUGGAGAUUCUUCUUGGAGACACAAAGGCCUACGUAUUCUUCGAGCGAAGCCAUGGUGAUAUGCACUCAUUUGUGCGGUCCUGCAAAAAACUGCGCGAAGACGAGGCCGCGAGACUAUUCUAUCAGAUGGCUUCCGCCGUAGCGCAUUGCCAUGACAAUGGACUUGUGCUCAGAGACGUCAAGCUGAGGAAAUUCGUCUUUAAGUAUGAGGACAGGAGUGUGGUCAUGCUGGACAGCUUGGAGGAAGCUUGCGUACUGUGCGGGGCGGACGACUCUCUCUCCAGCAAGCACGGCUGCCCGGCCUACGUCAGCCCGGAGGUCCUGAGCGGUGGCGGGAGCUACCUGGGCCGGCCGGCGGACGUGUGGAGCCUGGGCGUGAUGCUGUACACCAUGCUGGUGGGCCGCUACCCCUUUCACGACCUGGAGCCCGGCUCCCUGUUCAGCAAGAUCCGGCGCGGGCACUUCAGCCUGCCGGAGAGCUUGUCGCCCAAGGCCCGCUGCCUGAUCCGCAGCAUCCUCCGCCGGGACCCCGCCCAGCGCCUCACCUCCCGCGACAUCCUGGACCAUCCCUGGCUCACCACCGAAAACCUGGCCACGGGUUCCGGCCACGGCGCCGAAGGCAAGGAUGCCUCGGACCAGACCGUCCCAGACGUGAGCACCGGGGAGGAACCGCACGCGUUCUCGCGCUGAAGGGCGCGGCGGACGGGCAGAAUCCUCCUCUGCCCGUUCCCGAGAAGAACUUGCCAGCCCCUAACUCGGGCAGAGCUUCCAUGUGUUGUCAGCGACUCGCUGACUUGAACCAAUCGUAGCGCUUUGCUGUGCGGGGAAAAGCCUUGUGAUUGGUCUGUACAAGUCAGGUGAUCAGCAGCUCCACACAUUUAUGGCAUUCAUGAAACCUCACUCUGUGGUUACUACAUUCAGAUGAGCUAAUGCAAUGUAGCAAAUGUAGCUUCAAGACUGGUGGUCUCAGGGUAGAUUGAUAUUAGGCGGUAACAAAGAGGAAAGAAUUGAAGUCCUAAUUGGGGGUAGGCCAUUUUCUCCUAUCAGUCAGCAUCAGCAGAAAUCCCACUAGCUGCAGCUGUUGGACUACAAUGGCAAACUCCUUUGUGUUUUAUACUAGAGGUCUGUAACUAUCGACCAACAAAGGCAUUGUACUGUUACGUAUUUUUUUGGCUGACAUUCAGGAGUUUUUAUUUCCAUUAUUAAGCGAAGCAACUUUUCUUGCGGUGCACUCAAAUCCCAAGCACAAUAUUUUGUAGCCGCCAGGAGGUAUUUUUCAUGCCGUUCUUCUAUUCAAAAUUCACACUUCUCCUUUUUUUUUUGUUAAAUUUUCAGCUUGUAGCAUUAUUUUUUUGAGGUUGUCUUCAAAGUAGGAAGUCAUUUAUUUAUCAGCCUGCCCCACGGCCCUGCUGUUCAGAUGACAAUCUUUUAUGCAGUAGCUAUUAAAAUUACUUCGCCGGUGUGACCAUCCCUCCACUUUCUUUAAUCAGGAAUGAUUAUACAGGGUUCCGAACUGACACCAGACCUCACAAGCUCUUACAAAAUGGUGUCUGUGUAAUUCAGAAGGUAAUAUAUUGGUAUAAAGGUAAGGGAAUUACUUUUAAGAAAUAACAGCUCGAUCUAGCCUAUCGCUUUUGCCGUUUCAUUUGCAUGCAAGACGAGUUCCCACGAGGGGGCGGCAAUUAUGAUGUAAAAAUUGUCAGAUGUUUAAAUGAGAUACAUCUGUUUUCUGAUCGUUUUCCUUGUAGUGCGCCUAGUCUCUUACGUGAUGAAUCUUGCAUGCUUCUGGGAUCUACACCAAAUACAACGUGGAGAACAAACAGAAACUAAAUGUCAUAUCAUAAAAGAAAAUUUAAAUAUUUAUUGGUGCAGGAAAGAGCCUCAUGGUGCUUUGUCUCACUGAGUGUAUCUGAUUAUAUCUUCACCACUCCAGCAACAACAGUGUAUUCCUUCUCCGUAAUAUUGGAAAAAUGCUGGUGUGGGUAAAUUGUUCUGUUUUGGUGGCCUAAGCGAAGAAAUGUGUGAAUUGUAAUAUUUGGAAAUUCAAAGGGAGAUCGGUUUUGACGUACUAUCGUUUUUGUUUUUGUUUUCACGUAGAAAUGCAAUUGCAAUGCAAAGGAUAAACCGUAAACUUAGCAUUCCGAACUCCGCAGGGAAAGGGUUUGGUCAGACAGUAUUGAGCGUGAAGAUGCAUUUCACCCACCCCCCCCCCCCCUUACAGACGUGCCUUUCCUGUCUGUCAGAUUUUUCCUCGCCAUACACGCACCCCAUUCGUGCUCAUGCAGCAGAAACCCCACCGGGAUUCAACCAUUACAGACUUAAAAGAUUGUUAGAUCUUCCAGCUUACUUAUAAGCUUCUGUUAGAUGGAUUUGAAAGGGUGCAGAACUAAAGAGGGAGAGGGUUCCUUUGUGCUUUAAGACAUCUCGUCAAGGGUGCCGUAAGAGGGGGGAAGUUAGGACGAUUCGAAGGGCCUAAAAAAAAUAUUAGAACAUAGAAUGUUCUGGGGUGGUGGGGCCCAGUGUGAGAUCUUUUCAUGGGGCCCAAAAUCCCUGGUGGUUUCCCUUGUGCCAAGUCUCGUAACGGCAAAAAAAGAAACGAUGGCUUAAUUAACGUUCCAACAGCAUUGGGUUUGUAAUGGCCUUCACCUUCGUAUGCUGUUACUAAGUAAAUCGGCAAAUCCAGUAAAGCAGUUCUGUUGAGAGGCCGGUUACAGCGGUCAGAAGUAGGUUGGAAAAUACCCACCAGAAUCCUCUUUUAAGCCCAUGCACAUCAAUGACCUUGUUUACCAUAGGCAUUCCACACUGCCUGCCUCUGGCUAAAUCCACCACUUCAAAGUCAAAGGCUAAAUUGUUAUGGUUUAGUGAAUUGAGUAUCAUGGUAAGAUACACAUCACUGGUGCAAGAAGUACACACGUACAGAACAAUCAAUAGAAGUGAAUAAGCUCAAAGCUGAAUAGCAGUUCAAAAUUGCCAGCACGUGACUGUAAUUGUUCUGGAGUCUGAUCGUACAAACCAUUUUUUCCUCAAGAGUGGCAUUCAUAUAUUGGGCUAAUGUGCACAUACAGCCUUAGUAUGAUCUGAAAGAGUACCAGUGCUUAAAAUAAACAGAGGCCUGGGUAACACUGUUUCACGCAUUAAAGUACCUCAUAUUAAUUUCCUGCCAGCACAAGUUCUGUGAAAUGGUGAUGUACUGGCCAGUUUCAUGUAGAAGUUCUGUGGUUAUUAAAAUGUUACUUGAAAUCUGUGUGUGGUUUUUGUCUGUGGCUUGUGCGUACAGCAUGGCGUAUGGCCUGUGGAUGCUAUAGCUUGCCCUGCAGGAAAAGCUUUAUACAAUAAAAGAUAUAUAUAUAUAUAUAAAUAUAUAUAAGCAAAGAUGCUUAAAUUCUCAGUGGAUUUAUGAAACCUGCGUUUAUUUCAGCUCAACUUAAGCUUACAGGAUGAGCUGCUUUUUUGAGGACUGUGAAGUUGGUGCUGAUGUUGGAGGUGUAAUUUUGACUGUUUUUGGAAUAAACCUGCAUGGUACAAGAUUUCUGCUGUAGGGUUUGUAAAGUGUGUGACAUAAUGAAUUGUCAAACUUCUUUGUUAAAUAAACUGGGAACAGUGUAUUUACAAACA